GUCUGAGCCCUGCACCUGUUGUGACUCGUCGGCCAGGUGAAGGGGAUCCUCUGGCCUUACUGUGUUGUUUCAGCUGACCCUUGCUGCAGGGCAAUUAGAAACCCAGUCUACUCAUUAGACUGGAUUGCUGCUUUCCUCUAUCUCCCUCUGUCUCUCUCAAACCCACCUCCCUGCCUAACCCGCAGAUCCCUACCCCCCUCCCACUCCAUCUCCGUCUAGCCCACUCUGAGCCUGCUUGUCACUGUGGCUGUGGAGCUGCAGAAGUUUCCUUGCUGGAGUAAAAGUGUGGAUCACAUUGCAAGAGAAGGAAGAAAAGGAAUUUUCUGGUGGAAAGACAAAGUUGGACUGAGCUUUGGAAGGCUGAAUUGAAAGGAUUGUGCAGUUGGACGAGAAGCAGGUAUGAAAAGCCAGACUGUGGUUGUGUCUGUGGCUCUGCUGGCCCUGUGCUGCCUGCUGAUCCCCAGAGAAGGGGAGAGCGCAGGGGGGAUAUUUACUCUCCGGGUGACUGAAGGGGAGAGGCAGGCAGCGGAUCAGCUACAAGACGAGUCCCUUGAUGACCCAGAAAGUGAGCAACAUGGACUCACAGUGGACCCACAUCCACUGGGAACGAGUAAAAAGGACAAAAGAGACACAAAGGAGGCUGCACAGGCAGUUGUUGUGGGAAGAGUGAGAAGAGCUCCAGAAGAAGGCAAAAAGAAGAAGAAGGACAAGAAGAAGAACAAAGAUCCAAAUGCCACCAAAAAGCCCAAAACUGAAAAGAAGGGAAAGAAGAAAGACAGGCAGACGACCACGACUCUCCCACCAACCACAACAGCGAUCCCUACUGAACCACCCACUGAGCCAUACACAGACUAUGCUUAUCCUGAUGUAGACAAUGAGUACUGGAAACCAGAAGACGAUGACUACUGGGAGGCCGAGCCCACACCAUCCAGGCCUCCGUCCGAAGUCACAGAUCCACCGUACGACUACUGGAAGCCGGAGGAAGAAGACCCAGCUGCUCUAGUGACAGAUGGCUAUGAUGACUACUGGAAACCAGCAGAGAAAGAGCAGUUGACCCCAGCGCCUGAUUCCUACGACUACUGGACUCAAGAUGUGAAAAAUCCACACGCUCCAGUGACUGAUAACUAUGACAGCUACUGGAAAGAGCCGGAUCCCACACCCCCUGCCCCAGAGGUUGAUGGGAAGGCUGGGACAGAUGAAAGUGAUUACUGGGAUGCCACUUUCGAGGUGCCGGAUAAUCUUCCAUUCCCCGAUGGUGAAGAGGUCAGCCCUGAAAUCAAAGUAGAAACGCUACCAGAGGAGCCGACAACCUCUUCUCCUUAUGAAGGGACGUGGUACGAAGAUUAUGACGAAUAUGGGAGGAAAGAAGACAGAGAGACAGACGACAAAUGGAUGGAGAAGGAACGGGAGAGAGCAGCAAAAGAAAGAGAGAGAGAAGAGAGAGAGAGAGCGCAGAAGCUGAAGGAGGCAGAGGAUCGAGCCAGGAACAGACCACGUGUCUUCAAAGAGCCAAAGAAUUGUCCACCCCUGGGGAUGGAGUCCCAUAAGGUUGAGCCGGACCAGCUUUCAGCCUCUUCCAUGUCUCAGUAUAUCUUUGCACCGCAGAGGGCGAGACUGAACAUGCAGGGCUCAGAUGAUGAAGAUAACAUGAGAGGAGGAGCGUGGUGUGCAAACUCAGAGGACAAGAUCCACUGGUUUGAGAUUGAUGCUCGCAGGGACACAGAGUUCACGGGAGUCAUAACACAAGGACGAGACUCCAUAAAUGAGAACGACUUUGUGAUGUCCUACUACCUGGCUUUCAGCAACGACAGCAGAGAAUGGACAACCAUCCAUGAUGGAUAUUCAGACUGGUUGUUCUUUGGAAACAGCGAUAAAGACACUCCAGUGAUGAACCAGCUGGCAGAGCCGGUGCUGGCUCGCUACAUCCGCAUCAUCCCUCAGAGCUGGAACGGCUCUCUGUGUAUGAGGCUAGAGGUCCUGGGCUGCCCCCUGCCUGAUCCAGUCGAUGCUCAGUACAGGCAAAAUGAAGUGGCUCCAGUAGAUUACUUGAAGUUCAAGCAUCACAGCUACACAGAGAUGGUUACUCUCAUGAAGUCAGUGCACGAUGAGUGUCCCAACAUCACCAGCAUCUACAGUCUGGGCCGCAGCACCAAGGGACUGGAAAUCCUGGCCAUGGUCAUCUCUGGCAACCCCACCGAGCACGAAAUAGGUGAGCCAGAGUUUCGCUUCACGGCUGGUCUUCACGGAAAUGAGGCAGUGGGUCGGGAGAUGCUACUGCUUCUUAUGCAGUACCUGUGCAAAGAGUACAAAGACAGAAACCCCAGGGCCAUGCGGCUGGUGGAGGGAAUACGCAUCCACCUGGUUCCCUCGCUCAACCCUGAUGGACAAAUGGAAGCCUUUGAAGCAGGAUCGGAGUUGAGCGGAUGGACAACAGGACACUUCACAGAUGCCGGCUUUGACAUCUUCCAGAACUUUCCCGACCUGAACAGUAUCUUGUGGGAUGCUGAGGAUAAGGGCAUGGUGCCCAAACUUACCCCCAACCACCAUGUACCCAUCCCAGAGAGCUUUGAGACCAACAGCUCGAUUGCUGUGGAAACCAGGGCCAUAAUCUCCUGGAUGAAAAGCCAUCCAUUUGUGCUGGGUGCGAACUUUCAGGGCGGGGAGUCAAUUGUGGCCUAUCCUUAUGACAACUUACGCCCCAACAAGCCCGCUGAGAGCCUGAAAGCCCACAGCCGCAAGAAGAGACAAUAUGAGGAAGAAAGUUUUGAUGUGAACGAGUGGGGGAGGGGCUACCAAGAGGAGCCAGAGGAAGACUGGAGAGGAAGAGGAUAUGCAGAGCCAGAGGAGGAGUGGAGGGGCCAGGGCUACGACCGUGGCCAGGGCUACAACCAGGGCUACGACCGUGGCCAGGGCUACAACCAGGGCUACGACCAGGGCUACGACCGUGGCCAUGACCGUGGCUACGACCAGGGCUACGACCGUGGCCAGGGCUACAACCAGGGCUACGACCGUGGCUACGACCGUGGUGAUGACCAGGGUAAUGAUCGAGGCUACGACAACGGCUACGACCCCAGCUACAACCAAGGUUAUGGUCACAGGGAGGAGGAGGAAGAUGACAGAGGAAGAAGUGCUGGCUACCAGUACAGCGAGCCUGAGGAUGAGCCCCGGGUGAUUGCAGACGAGUCUCUCUUCAGGUGGCUGGCUGUGUCCUACGCCUCCACCCACCUCACCAUGACACACAGCUACCACGGCUCCUGCCAUGGGGACAACUCUGCUGGGGUGCACGGCAUUGUCAACCGGGCCAAAUGGAAGCCAGUCACAGGAAGUAUGAAUGACUUCAGCUACCUGCACACCAAUUGUUUUGAGCUGUCCAUAUUCCUUGGAUGUGAUAAGUUUCCUCAUCAGAGUGACUUGGCCAGGGAGUGGGAGAAGAACAGAGAAGCCAUGCUCAUUUUCAUGGAGCAGGUGCAUCGUGGAAUCAGGGGCAUUGUGAAAGACCAGCAGGGCAACCCUAUUGGAAACGCCACUGUGUCUGUAGAGGGGGUCAACCAUGAUGUCACUACAGCACCAACAGGGGACUUCUGGCGGCUGCUGAACCCCGGGGAGUACCGUGUGACAGCUCGAGCUGAGGGUUUCUCCCCGGUGACCAAACUGUGUGUGGUGGGUUAUCAGUCAGGAGCAACUGCCUGCAGCUUCAACCUGGCCAAGUCCAACUGGGACCGGAUCAAACAGAUCAUGGCCCUCCAUGGCAGCAAACCCAUUCGACUCAGCUACAGCAACAACAAAGUACAGUACCCUGCAGUCACUAACGGCAACAGGCGUGUGGCUAAUGGAAACAUUGCUUAUUCAGGGAAUUCUCGACUCAGCGGUGAGCGGCAGAGGAGGCUAAAGAUAGCGCGUCUACGUCGCCUUCGGCAACAGAGAUUGAUGAGGUUAAGAUCAACUACGACGUUACCCCCAACAACCACGAUUCCCACAACGACAGAGACCACCACAUCCUGGUAUGACUCGUGGGUCAUAGGAGAGGGACAGUCAUCGACACCUGGCGGUUUCACAGACUCCAUCCUGGAUUAUAACUAUGAGUACAAGAUAGAUGACUAUUAAAAUGAACACACACACACACACACACACACACAUCUGUAAACACAAACCAGUCCUCUUAACUCUUGAUGUUCCCACUGUCAUGUUGUUGAAAAAUCAAAUAAUUUUUCUCUUUGCUACAUGUUAGCAGUGGGACUUUCCAGAAUAGUAACUCUAUUAAUUGAAUAGUGGAUCUAUUACUUGACAAACUGCCUCUUCAUAGAAACUCAUCCUGUCACUGUUCUGUCAUUCAGUCUUUUUUAUGAGACUUUAACUUCAUGAGGUUUUUUUUUUUUUUUAUUGUAGAUGCACAUAAACCAAAGUCAUGACAUUUUUAUACUUCACCAGGGUUGAAAUAUUUACACUGUCUUCAUCAAUGGCAGACAGGUUUUUUUUACAGUAUGAGCAGUCAUUAAAGGUACAAAAGCAUUUGUAACAGAGGAGUCAGAGGGAAAAAAGGAAUCUUACACGUUUCCUCAGAUACAGCUGUGGUGAAAGAGUGACUUUUCUAAUAAAGGCUUGUUCAUACACAA